GCGCGAAGCCCCGCUGGCUGGACGUGGCGAGGCGCAGCGCUGCGCCACACGCUGAGGCCGACAUCUGCUGCGCCUCGGCGGCGCCCGGCGACCUGCGCAAGGCCAGGCGGGGACGCCGCUGGGAGGCGCGGCGCGGCAGCCCGGUGUCGCCUUUCCCUCCAGUAGGCUUUCACAUCUUCGCCGGUGCGGGCUUCUGGAACCUCGGGGCGCGCGUGGAGGACAACGAGGAGGAGGAGACUGUUGAGAUCAGCUGCGCCGACAGACUCGACGACAAGCAUAUUGACGGGUCGCUGCGGGCGCUGGCUGUGACGCCCGUAUUCGGGGCCCACCCCCGCGACACGGAGUAUGCUGAGGGUGGUCUUGAGGCCCCUGGGGCUGGAGCAGCUGCGGCCACGCUGGAAAUGCUGGCUGACACGAGAGUCUCGCCCGAACUGGAGCCCAGACUUCCCCUGCCGCUGAACAGCGAGGAGGUGGAGAUGGAGCUGGUGCAGGCGAAACUGGAGCCCGACUCU